AUUUUUUUGGGGGGGGGGCACCCAGAAUUUACUGCCUGGUUUUCCUCAGAUCUUUUAAUUCUGUCUUGUUAUGCAAUAUGUAGGAACUUCCUUCUCAAGUGUUAGUCCUUGAGAAAAACUGCCCAGUUAUACUGUGCCAUGGGCGGCACAUCAUCUUCAAAAGGACUACGAAUUACCCAGCCUGCCUUUGCUGCUAUGGAACAGAAACUGAUUUAAACGAAGUACCUUGAUUUUUGUACAUUGUAGCAUUCCUAAAAUUCUAAUCCUGUCUUCUCUUACAUUCAACACUUCAUUUAAGUUAGAAAUAUGAAGCAGUUGAAAAGGAAAAGGAAAAGCAACUUUAGUGUUCAAGAAACUCAGACUCUUUUGAAAGAAAUUACAAAAAGGAAAGAAGUCAUUUUUUCCAAGCAACUCAACACAACAAUUAACGUGAUGAAGCGCAUGGCUUGGGAGGAGAUCGCACAGUGUGUGAAUGCCGUGGGAGAAGGAGAACAGAGGACAGGGACCGAAGUGAAAAGGAGGUACCUCGACUGGCGCGCACUCAUGAAGAGAAAGAGGAUGAAAGCGAACAUUAAGCUGGUUGGUUCUGGGUUUCCCCUUCCUUCGUCUGAUUUAGAUGACUCUCUUACUGAAGAGAUAGAUGAAAAGAUUGGAUUCCGAAACGAAGCAAAUUUUGAUUGGCAGAAUGUGGCAGAUUUCAGGGAUGCAGGUGGAUCCUUAACUGAGGUCAAAGUGGAAGAGGAAGAAAGAGAUCCCCAGAGUCCUGAGUUUGAGAUCGAGGAGGAGGAGGAAAUACUGUCAUCGGUCAUACCAGAUUCCCGGAGGGAAAAUGAACUUCCCGACUUCCCUCACAUCGAUGAGUUUUUUACUCUAAACUCAACACCAUCUAGAUCUGCCUAUGAUGAGCCCCAUUUGCUUGUAAACAUAGAGAAACAGAAGCUGGAGUUGGAAAAGCGACGGCUGGAUAUCGAGGCCGAAAGACUGCAGGUCGAAAAGGAGCGCCUGCAGAUCGAGAAAGAGCGGCUGCGGCACUUAGACAUGGAGCACGAGCGGCUGCAGCUGGCGAAGGAGAGGCUGCAGAUCGAGAGAGAGAAGCUCAGGUUACAGAUAGUCAACGCCGAGAAACCGUCUUUGGAAAACGAACUCGGUCAAGGAGAAAAGCCCCUACUUCAACCACAGGACAUAGAAACAGAGAAGUUAAAACUCGAGAGAGAACGCUUGCAACUGGAAAAAGAUAGGCUGCAGUUUCUGAAAUUUGAAUCGGAGAAGCUGCAGAUUGAAAAGGAGCGCUUACAAGUAGAGAAAGAGAGACUCCGGAUUCAGAAGGAAGGACACUUGCAGUGAUUUCUCUAGGUCUCCACUAGCAAGUGUUUGUAAACCGUAGGUUUUUCUCUGUAUCAGGUGAUACGAAAAUGGUCGCAGGAAUAGCUGUUUUUCCCCGUUUAAUGUCAGUGUUUCAAUAGGAAAAAGAUAGUUGUAUGUGGGUAACUGUAUGCUUAAUAGUGUAUUACAUAAAAAUUAUGUGCCCUUGCAUAGACAGUAUAGCAGGAGCUAUUGCGCUGUACUCUGUAAAGUAGUGACAUUACAUAGUGUGUAUAAUCUGUGCGCUCAGUUUACAGUCAUGUCUGCGUAAAAUUCUAGCUCAGUGAAUCUCAGCUGGGGAUGAUUUUUGCCCCCAGUGGAUGUUUGGCAAUUUUUGGUUGUCAGAACUGGGACGUGGGGCGUUGCUGUUGGCAUGUCGUGGGUAGAGGCCAGGGAUGCCUAUGUCUGGCAGUGCGCUCGAUAAACCCACCACAAAAAGAAUUGUCCAACAGAAAUGUCAGUGUUACUGAGGGGAGAAGCCCUAUCCCAGUCUGACUGCACCUCUGUGGCUUGUUCUAUAGUUUCAGAAUAUUAAACCUCAGAUAUUUGUGUGGGUAGUUACUUAAAUGGCCAACAAACUUUACUAGUAACUAUGAAACAUAACUGUGUAGUAUAUAGCAUUUAGAAAGUGAUGAAAAUUACAGAUAUUUUAUUUCCAUGUUUCCAUCUAUAAAUAACUCGAUUCAGAAACAAUACAGGGAACAUCAGUGAUUGUCCAAAAUGAGUUACUUUGAAAAACAGUUCAUUCAUCUAACUAUUGGUGCUUUAGGAGCAACACACACUUUUUAAGCUUUAGUUCCCUUUUUUCUUUGAAUCCAUUUCCAAUGUAAAAUUGUCAUUUCAACCAUGUACUGAAGUCUUAAAGUAAGUGAAUGGUUGAAGCUAGUAAAAAUGAUACCAAUGUAAAAACGGUACCAGUAGUCCAUGAGCUUGAACUCAGUGAGUGGCUAUUUGAUUGUUAAAAUAAGUAAUAGUUAUUUGGGUGUAGGGGUGGGAGAGAAUGUCCUCUGAAUCAUGAUGAUGAUGAUGAAAUAAUGAUAAUAGUAGCUGUGUGUUUUGAAUUAGGGAAGCAGUGUCUGACCUAAACUGUAGAACAGUUCUUGAGGGUAGUACCUAAUAUUCCUUAAUUGAGGCUCAGAGAAGUCACACACUGAAUGAAGGGCUGAUCUCGUAUAUUGUAGUGUGUUUUGUCUUUGCUCCUUCCUGAGGAACAAAGUUUAUAUCUUCAGUCCCUUAGGUCUGGUAUUUGUUCUGAGACCAAGGGCUUUUGCUUAACCUGGUGAUUUGCUUUCAGCCCCCUGAAGUCCUUUGUCCACAAGCCAGGUGAUUCUAAUACACACCAAAGUUGAGAAUCACUGCACGAGAUCACUUUGUAUUUUCUGAUUUCCAGGGCUGAUGUGUAGCUUUAAUAUAUAUAUCCCUUUUGUUGACAGAUAUUAUCUUGAUUCUGCAUUUGUUCCUUGUUAAUUUAAGAAUGUCUUGAAACCAUAUGUGAUAUCGGAGUAUGGGUACACAAGGAAAAAUAGACUUCUGCUUAGUUACCUUGACUUGACAUAGUGUUAUUUUUCUAUAACUGAAAUAAAUGCUUCUACUCUAGAAAUAAAAUUUGCCUAUACUAACUCUCUGGAAGCUUAUCAUUUCAUGUGAGGCUGUGAGGGUUGAGGUUAUCCAGCUUGGAAGAGAGCCUUAUCACGGUGAAUGGGGGCAGGGGACCUAACAUUUGUGUCAGGCACUAUGCUUCCUGCUUUUCAUACAUUAUUUUAUUUACUCCUCAGAACAACCCUUCAGCUAAGUCAUCUUAUGCCUCCUUUUAUAAGAAACAGUGCCUCAUCAGUUAUAUUAAUUAAAUAUCUGAAAAAUGACAUUAAUCCUGACCCAAGACUUUAGUGUAAGAGCUCUGUGGAGAAGUUGUAGUGAAAGUUUGGAGGUGUAGUUAUGUGUUGUAGCUUUGCCACAUACCACUUGUGAAAGUCAUUCAACUUGUCUGUGAUUUGAUUUCCUCCUCUAUAAAAUGGGCUUAAUGAUACAUGCUUUGUCUCUGCUUUAUAGUUUUUUUGCCUUCCUCGUUCUACCCAGGUGGUUGGUCAAGUCCUGUCUUGUCUUCUGAUGCUUCUGAUCAACCUCCUCCAACCUCACCUGUGGCAUUUGCAACCUGUUUUGCAGCAGCCUCCUGUCUCAGCUCCUUCCUUCCUAAUCCCCCCUGUAUGACACUUCCAGAAUAGAUUUCCCCAAAAUACUGCUUUUACCACGUCCUGAGAAUAAACGGUAUGAAGUGGAAGAGGAGCAGAGCACUGGAAAGAUCGGGGUCCAGUCCCAGCUCCACUUUACCUGCCGGGUGAUGUGGACAGUAGUUGUCUCUGAGCCUCAUUGUUCUAGUCUCUAUUACAUCAAACAUAUGCCAUGCUCGACCAUGUGUGGAAUAAUAGCAUUAGUAUAUGAAAAUGCAGUUUAAAACUCGAGAGCAACUUAGUGAUAUUGCAAAUGUGUUCUACCUAAAAUGAGUCUCCCGUUCCCUUCUGUAGAAAGUCCUCAAAUGUUCUUUGCCUACUUUAAGAUUUUCUCGUACCAACAUGACUAAAUGUUUGUGAAGCUGCUCUCCAAAUAUUCCAUUAAUUUUUCUUUGAUCAUGUUGCUUUCCUUGACCUUAUCCUCGUGCGGCAAUCAGAGCAAAGCUUUUUCAGAUCCAGGGACGUGACCAUUUCUACCAUUCUCUGCCAUAAUUUAAAAAUAGGAAAAUGAAUUUUGCUGAAUAGGAAUAUUUUAUCAUAUAAAAUUGGUAUUGGUAUGUCUUCCAAAGUCUCCACAGGGAACUUGAAUAAAAAUGUUAAAGUCAA